AUGACGGCGACGCGAAGGUCUUCCAACGGCGGAGGGGCCGCCGCCGCUGUGCCGGAGUGGGUGACCACCUUGGCGAGGAGGCAGCGCACCGGCGACGACGACUCUGCCAUUGCCGUGUCGUUCAUCGCCUCGAAGAGGGUGGAGAAGUCCGACCUCGUAUCGCAGCAGAACCGCCUCUACCUUCCCACCGACUUCGUCGUGGCCAAUCUCUUCGGCCUCCUCUCCGAGGAGGAGCGUGCCAUGGCCAACCUCGUCGACGACAUCGGCGGGCCUAGUAGGCGGAGCCGCACGGAGGCAGAGGAAGAGGAGAUGACGAGGAAGCCGAAGGCGGCGGGGCGGGCGCACGGAGGGCUGCCGGUGCGGGUGUACGCACGGUGCGGGUUCGUGUUCUACCUGCGGCUGACUCGAUGGAACGGAAGCGGUGGCACCGUGAUCAAGGGCGACGAGCUCAAGCUGUUCCUCACAUUUAGUGCGCUGAAGAAGGGUGACAAGAUUGACGUCUGGGCCUUCCGCCGCGGCGGCGAACUUUGCUUCAUCAUCGGGAGGCCGUGA